AUGCCCUUCAAACAGACCUUCGAGAAACACCUCAACAAAGAUCUCGAGUCCAACCGCGACUCGGCUCUCUACCCACCACCCUUGCCAGCUGCAGACCUAGAGUCUCAAGCUCCUCCACCACCACCUCCUGCAGUUCCUCAAGUCUUCACUAGCUACCCAGAGCGCAGAGGCGGCAUCUACAUCCCUACAGUCCUGUUCAUCCUCCUUAUCCUGGUCCUGCUCUUUGAAUCCAGCGUCCUCUUCGUCUACACGGUCGUUGCUCUCUGGAACACUCUCCCCCUCCCCAUCGCUCAACCCAUGCCAUUCCCUCAACAGCAGCUCUUGCAGCCCACCACAAUCACCUCAAUCUCAACAUCCAUCUCGACGACAACUCUUCUCAGCACCGUCACUCUCUCGCCUAGCACACUUCCUGCCUCCACAACCACGGUAUCCUCUACAACUACUAUCGUGCCGUCUACGACUAUUCCUCCUGUCACGGUUACCAAACCUGCUCCGACGAUUACCAUCACGAGUACAUUGACGCCUUUCCAGUUACCUUCCAUCACCACCAUGACUUUGAUGAGUACGACGAGCGAGAGCGAAAGUCGGAGCACGACUACGAGUACCACUGUCAUCACUGCUGGUGCGAGAUAG